AUUUUAUAUGAAGCAAAUAGAAUAAAGCCCAAUUGAGAUCUCUCAUUAUCAAAUUUUUAGAAAGAAAUACUAUGGAAAAGGAUAAUAUGGUACAGUUUAUGGUUGUACAGACACAUAAAAGCCAGAUUUGUAACUAUGUAGUAAAGUUUUGAGAGUAGAAGAUGUGGAUUAAUUAAUAUUGAAAAGAGAAAUUGACAUUCUUAAAUUGUUAAUGCCUAUCCAAAGAGAAAAUCUAAAUUUAAUUCAAGUUUAUGAUGUCUUAGAUGAUAAGGUAAAAGGAAUAAUAUAUAUAAUAAUGGAACUUUGUUAAGAAGGUGAUCUUAAAUAGCUUAUGGAUAAAAGAAAAAAGAAAAACUAAGGUUUUACAGUAGAAGAAGCAACUAGCAUUGUUGCAUAAAUAGCUAAUGGAUAUAGAACUUUAUUUAAAUGCAAAAUAAUUCACAGAGAUAUAAAACCAGCAAAUAUUUUAAUUUCAAAUGGUGUCUACAAAAUUGCUGAUUUAGGUAUGGGAAGAGUAAUUGAAGAUAUGAAUUAUGCAAAGAAUUUUACAAAAGUAGGAACACCUGCAUAUGCAGCUCCUUAAUUAUUUUUAGAAUCAGCAUUCUCUUCUAAAGCUGAUGUUUAUUCUUUAGGUGUUAUUUUUUAUUAGUUAAUUUAUGGAUAAUUACCAAUUGAAGCUAAAACAUAACCAGAAUUAUUAUAAAAAUUAAGAAAUCUUAAAGUUACACCCAAAUUAUGUGAUGAAACAAGUUAAAGUGGAGUUGUUCCAUAACAUGUGAGAGAUUUAAUCUAAAGAAUGCUUAGUUAUGAUGAAAAUGAUAGAUGUUCAUGGUAAGAUGUAUUUAACUCUACUGUACUAAAUGAAUAUUUGACUCCUUAAUAAUAAUAAGCAAUCUCAAAGAAUCCUUUAGUCUCUAAAUCCUCUAUCUAAUAUUAAGACUUUUACAGAGUAGACGAAAUAUCAAAUAAUAAAAUACUUUAAAUCAUUCGUAUUCUUACUACCAAAUGCGAUUUAGCUAAUAAGUGUCAUAAAUAUUUACAAGAAUCAAAGUAAUCAUUUUACCUUUAUCAAUUAGGUAAAAUUAAAAUUAGAAUUAAUUCCCCUUAAAAUUAGAAGAAUUUGUUUUACUAUCAGUUUGCAUUUCUGGAUAUAGAUAUAAAUUAAUAUAAAAUAUUUUAGGUCUUCUACUUAACUAAUAUCAUCAAUUGAUUCCUUAAUUAUAAUCAAUUAUAUCUCCAUAAGAAUUAUAAGACAAUUGUUAAAAUUAGGAUGCCAAUUCUAAGCAUUUGAAAGAAUAUAUAUAAAAAACUCUUAAUUCAUCUAUUCUCUUAUUCAGAGUAAUAUUUAUCUUAUUCCUAGGAAGAUGAAUGUAAAUUCUUUAAUUGCGGUGUCAGAGUUCACUUACCAUAUGUUAAGGAUUUAAAGAAAAUUUUAGAAGACGAUGAUGAUACAAAUUAUAUCUUCUUUGCAGAAACAUUCUAAAAAUUCUAUGAAAAUUUCAAAAAAUCAUUUGACUCUAUCUAAGAAAGUAAUAAAAAGUAAAAUAAAUUAUCUAAAUCAUAGACUAUAAGAGUUACUUAAGAAAAUGAAUAUUAUAGAAAGUGAAUAUCCAAUAGAAGUAGCCUAAUCAAUUUCCCCAACUAAAAUUUUAGAGAAAUCAUAAACCAUAAAUUGAUCCCAU